AUGCAAAUUCCAUUCGGACGAGAAACAUGGAUAGUUAUCAACGACAAGAAUCAAUGUUACAAAAUAUCGGCUGAUCCAAAUGAUAAAAGUAUGGUACCAAUACGAACAGAUGAAGUUCAAGCGAUUGAGAAUGUUUCUAUUCGAAUGCGAUUUGUCUGCAAUAAUACCUGCCUUCUCGUCGGAGCAGUUACGGGUUGCGGCAGACAAAAACAAGGUGUCCUGAGAUUUUACAAAAUUCCUGCUUGA